AGCACUGCAGAAUCAGCCGCUGAGACGAACGAAGCAAACCGUGUUGUCAAUUUAAUUAGCGCUACAAACUAAAGCUAUAAGUGUGAGCGUGCCGAAGGAGCCCAUUAACUCCUCUGAUUUGGAGCUAGUAACACAGUCAGAUAUCGUGUAGUUCUACCAAUAAGGCCACAAUGGCCGAGGGUGGCAGCCUGUUGGCCGCCACAGUGUUCGGUAUUUUCCUUGCAUUUUCACUGUAUGACUUUAUGACACCAGAAGAAGAAUCCGGUGACGGUAAUGGUGUCCUCAAAAACAAUCGGGUCGGAAAGACCAUUCCCAAGCUCAAGAUGGACUUGGCCGGAUCACCCGAAAUACCUCAGCUAACAUUCCUUUACUGUGUUUCAUGAGAUUACAAGGGUGCCUUCCAGCAGUAUGCCGAAGUCCUUCAGCGUCGCUACCCGGAAAUGAGAAUUGUCGGUGAUACCUAUAAUCCACCAUUCCCCAGGAUGAUGAUUGCGCAAGCCCUCGGUCUGACAAAGCUACUUGUCAUUGUGUUGUUCAUGAUGUCGGCGAACCCUUUUCGCUUCAUAAAUGCGCCUACACCUGCCAUCUGGACCUGGCUUCUCAACAACAAGGUCUACGGCUGUUUAUUGACAUUUUUCAUUACGGGCAUGGUGGAGACACAGCUCAUUUCAACAGGAGCUUUUGAAAUCUACUUAAAUCAGGAACAGUUGUGGUCAAAGCUAACAUCAGGACGUAUUCCUGAUCCGCAUGAGCUGUUCAACUUGAUCGACGCCCGGAGGAGUAUGCUGUUCGGAGGCAAAUUCGAGAACAUGGCCGAACUUCGAGAAACCCUAUAGUUCACACUUUCCCUAGCAGAUAACCACUAGUCAGCAGCACAGCAUUGUUACGAGACAGGGGGUAGUUUUUACUCACACCCAUACAUCAUGAACGAAUCGAGUGCCUAAAGGAAAAGCAAUGAUUUUUCAAUCCCAAUACUAAUGACAAAGCACCUUUUAAACAACGAUUCAUAUGAUUG